AUGGCUUCUUCUGUUCUUAAGAAGGGCAGCAGCACAUUAGAGACUAAAUCCUCUACCACUCUGGGGACCAGUAGAAAGCAAGGAGCAACGGCGUCCUGCAAGACUUUGGGUGGUGGAUCAUCAGUUGAUGGGCUAGGAAUUUUUGGAUCUGGGAGCAUGAUGAGUGCAGUAGGUCUAGAACUAACGAAUUUUAUAAAUCCUGAUUUGACUUGGAAGACAGUCACAAAAGGCUACAGGAGCGCCUCAAGGCGGAAGCCAGUUGUUAGAAGCUUUAAUGUGGAGUCCAAGGUAUCAGAUGAGAGUGCCAGAAAUGUGGAUGAUAUGACAGUUUCAGAUACUGAGAAGCAUGGUGUGGCUGUUCUUGGACGUCGCUUCAGUGGAAAAAACGAGAAAAAUGAGCAUGUACCCAUUAAAAAAAGAAGAUUCACAGCCCAGGGUCCUCCACAACCUUUUCGUACCACAUCUCCAUGCUUUCAAGUGUUUGAACCAAAUUCAAGUGGAAAACGACGACGCAGAGCAACUGAUGCUGCUGUGCCAACUAAGCUCAGUCCGAAGACAUCAGGGGUUGAUGAUAAGUUAGAUUACAGCGGUGACUUCUCAGGUAUUGAAAUACUUGCAGAUGUUGCUUGCAACAACAGUAUGAUUAAUGAUGAUGCUCGUAUUGAAGAAAGUUCGGUAAUGGAAGAAUCAACACAAGAAGGAGCGGGCUCAUCUUCCUCUGCAGUUCCAUUGAAAGAAACUGCUGCAUCCCCUAAAGAUAUGGCGCAUGAAGAUAAAUCAGAGGCAUUAUCGCUUCAAACUAAUGAAGUUACAGUGUUGCAUACACCUGGUGGUACAAAGGACAGCAAAACGGAAGAAGGGUCUCUGUUGUCACGGGUUGAAAUGUUGAGUUUGGACUUGAAUGUUGCCUGGGAGCAACAUUGUGAUGCUUUGAUUUUUGAUUCCUGUGAAAAUGAUUUACAGAGUUGCGAGGUUAAAUCUGAAGACUUAGAACAACACAACCCUCCUGAUAGAGUGGUUUCAUCUGAUUUACAUAGGGAUGACGUGUCUGUUGAUUUGGUAGGCUUGUCUCUUGGGACAUGUGAAUCAAGUAGAGAGGAACCUAAAUCUGAAGCAUGCUCUCUCCAUGAUGGAAACCACGAGGACCGUUUUCCAUCUACUGUUAAUUCUCCGGAACCCUCUAUUUGUGAUGUCGCCAAUGCAAAAGCUUCCAGUCAGAUUGUUGAUGGGGACGAAUCUCUAGAUCAUCCAUCGUGCAAGACACUUCCUAUUCUUAGCCUCAACCAGUGUUCAGAAAUGUGUUCAUCAGAUGACCAAACGAGAAAGGUUUUGUGUACAGAAAGUGUGCAGGUUGAGUCGUGCAAUGUUUCUUCUCCCCAUCUACCAAACUUAGAGACGAAGGUUGAGUCGUGCAAUGUUUCUUCUCCCCAACUACCAAACUUAGAGAAAGUUACUUGUGAGAUUGACCUUUCAAUUUCAAAUGGUAGUGGACAGAAUUCUCAGAUAGAAUCUUGUCCACAUGAAGACGGGAAGUCAAUUCAAAACACGAGUAGCUUGGAAAACUGUCCACCAAUUGGACCUGCUUGGCUUGGAGUUGAAGCUGGAGGUCCAGAUGAGGAAUCAGGCGGCCACCGCUGUUCGCCUGCUAGUGGAGAUAUUUAUAAAUCAAGUUUAUCUGCUGAGAAAGUUCAACCUGCGAUGGAAGUGGAUGCUAAAGAAGCCAAUGAAGCUUCUGCUGCCAAUAAGGUUGAAGUUCAUUCUCCAGUGCAAGCUGGGUCUGAGGAACUGAUCCAGAAGUCUUCUGCAGACUCAACUGUUACUCCUGGAGAUGCAUGCGGAGCACAUGGUAAUGGCUUUACAAGUGGUUCCCCUAAGGUCAAUAUGGAAGAUCUGGGAGAUGACAGCUUGGAAUCAGAUGUUUAUCAAGCUGAUAAGGUUCACAUGGUUGGUGCUGAAAAUGAUUCAGAGCUUCAGGCUGGUUAUGAUUCUCAGUUUGAAGAUGGCGAGCUGAGGGAAUCUGAUGCACACUAUUACUGGGAUGAAAAUGGAGAGGAUGGUGAAGUUGAGCAUGUUGACUAUGGGUCUGAAUGCGAUGAAGAAAGAGACUGUGGCUUGGAUAAUGAGAAGGAGAUGAAGGUGGAGAGAGGUUCCAAUUCAGGAUCUGAUUAUGUUAGUAGAAAAAUUGAACAAUGUGGGAUGGGAGAUUCUCUGAGAGAUGAUUCAGUUAGCCCAAAGACAAGAACUUCGGAUGUCACUACUGACAGGGAUUUCCUGUCUGGUGUCGUUGGAUCAAGGACAUCCAAUGGAGAUUUCCUGUCAAGCAUCGAGGAGUCCAGUUCCAUAUUUAGGAAGGGUCCUACACUUAGAAGCAGGUGA